CCCCGGUGCUAGCCAAGUGACACGAGGUGUUCGAGGUAACUUGGACUGAUGAGGUGUACGAGGAUGCUGAGAUUUCACGAAGUCGAUGGGUCGCACUCUGUGGGGGCGCAUAUGUGAAUUGUGCAAUCCGACGGUCCGACCAACGAUUGGAAGAAACGCACUUUAUUAGAUAGCUGAGUAGCUGACAGGCCUUUGCUUCGUCGUCCAGCCGAACUAGGAUAAUUCAUUCUGAGGAAAGACGAAGAGACGGGGAAGGUAGAGUAUUUACGCAGGAAAUGAACGGCUUUGCUCUUAAUUGCAAAAUCCAAAUCCCCGAUUACGUUAAACCGUCGGAAACUCUGCAUAUUAGGUCACAUCAUCGACCUGAAUUGAGAUGCCUUCCGCUGCUCAACAAAUGCACCCACUUGAUCCAAUUGAAGCAAGUCCACGCCCAAAUCAUCAAACUCCCACAUGAUGACACUGAUAAUCUACUUGCCAGGCUUGUUGAGUCACUGGUGGCUUCAGGUGAAAUGAGUUACGCUUACCAAGUAUUCAAGAAGAUGAGGAGACCAACUACCUUCGUAUUCAACACAAUGGUGAGAGGCUAUGCACUCAUUGGCGCUCUUAAACAAGGAAUCGAGCUUUAUAUAAAAAUGCUACAUUGGGGACUUCAACCCGACGAGUUUACUUAUACAUUUCUUCUGAAAACUUGCACGUCUCUCAGUCAAGGAAAAGGAGUGCACUCUCUCGUACUCAAAAGGCAAGGUUCUGGGUCGGAGUCGGACAUAUACUCUCAGACCGCUUUGGUCAGUUUCUAUGCUAACCACGGUGAUCUUGAAUCUGCGCGUUCUUUGUUCGACAGAAUGCCCGAGAAAAAUGUGGUCUCGUGGACUGCAAUGAUCACGGGCUAUGUGAAGCUGAAGAGGUAUAAUGAGGGACUUGCUCUGUUUCACCAGAUGCAAAUUUCCGGAGUUGACAUUAAUGAAUUGACUUUGGUUAAUGUACUCUGUGCUUGCGCCCAUCUCGGAGCUCUCGAGAUGGGGAAAUGGGUUCAUGCCUAUAUCAAUAGGCGCCAAAUUUUCUUGAAUCCUACUCUUGCUACUGCCCUUAUAGACAUGUACGUGAAAUGUGGGUACAUCCAAACAUCUUCCCAAAUUUUUGAAGAGCUGCUACACAGUCAGAGGGGUGUCUGCGCGUGGAAUGCUAUCAUUGGGGGACUUGCCAUGCAUGGUUAUGCAGAGGAAGCACUUGAUAGAUUUGAACAAAUGCAAAUGUGUGGAACAAGACCCGACGAAAUCACAUUUAUUGCAGUUCUAUCUGCUUGCUCGCAUUCUGGACUGGUAGACAAGGGCAAGGAGCUUUUCCACUCGAUGAGAAAGGAUUGUGGGAUUGAACCUAGCAUUAAACAUUAUGGGUGUUUGGCAGAUCUCCUGGGAAGGGCUGGCCACCUGGACGAAGCAUACCAGAUGGUGAAAAACAUGCCAUUGGAGCCGAAUGGAGUUGUGUGGGGGACGUUGCUCAAAGCCUGCGCGGUCCAUGCUAACGUUGAAUUGGCGGAGACUGCAAUGGAGCGGCUAGUUGAAUUAGAACCACUUAACGACGGGAACUAUGUUGUCAUGUCAAACAUCUAUGCUGCCAGGGGGCGGUGGGGUGAUGUAGCGAGGCUGAGGAGGUUCAUGAAAGACAGAGGGAUUCUAAAGAUCCCAGGUUGUAGUACCAUUGAAAUCGAUAAUGUUAUACAUGAAUUCAUGGUUGGGGAUAGCAGACACCCUCGGUCAAAGGAUAUUUACUCCAUGCUGGAUGAUGUUGCGAUGAGAUUGAAGGCAGAGGGAUAUGUUCCGAAGACUAACCAGGUGUUGAUUGAUGCCAGUGAAGAAGGAAAACGACAAGCUUUGUGUCAUCACAGUGAGAAGUUGGCAAUUGCCUUUGGGCUUAUUAGCACAAGUCCCAGGACUCCCAUAAGGGUGAUGAAAAACCUUCGAGCAUGUGGAGAUUGCCAUCUAGCAACAAAAUUGAUAUCAAAGAUAUAUAGCAGGGAGAUCAUUGUUAGGGAUAGGAACCGGUUCCACCAUUUUAAAGAUGGCACCUGUUCUUGCAACGAUUAUUGGUGAACAACCAAAAAGAUCCAACAAGCUUGAAGAUAUAGGAAAUGUUUCCACACAAGGCUGGAAUGUGCUGUGGGGCGCCCCUCGUGAGGGGCUGAUGUGAACUCUCACCACACACUCAAAAUGUUUGUCAACCAAAAUUCUUCAAUUAUAAAUUGCAGAAUGUAUGGAUCCAGUGUCCGGUAAACCUACAUCUACAGGUUACAGGUCAGAGACUCACAGGUCUUCCUCCUUCUUGAAUCUUGUGUACUGGCUCUCCUCCUCCUCCUUUUCUCUUUUUUCUUAUUUUUUUGUCUCAAACUAUGAACUAAGUGAGGCGGCAGAUUUAUGGGAGGUCAGAGACUCAGAGGUGCUAGCCUGCUACUUUCUUUUAG